AUGGCGAAACCCAGGCCCGGGUUGCUCAGAGAGGUGGUCAGUGCCCCGUCCCUGAAGGUGUUCAAGGCCAGAAAAAAUGUAGAAGAUUUCACUGGACCUAGAGAAAGAAGUGAUCUGGGAUUCGUCACAUUUGACAUUACUGCAGAUCUGCAGAGUAUAUUUGACUGGAAUGUUAAACAAUUGUUUCUAUAUUUGUCUGCAGAAUAUUCAACGAAAAACAAUGCUCUCAACCAGGUGGUGCUUUGGGACAAAAUCAUGUUGAGAGGAGAUAACCCAAGGCUGUUCUUAAAAGACAUGAAGUCAAAGUACUUUUUCUUUGAUGAUGGAAAUGGCCUCAAGGGAAACAGGAACGUCACCUUGACUCUCUCUUGGAAUGUUGUACCAAAUGCUGGCAUUCUACCUCUUGUAACAGGAUCAGGACACGUGUCUGUACCUUUCCCAGAUACCUAUGAAACAACAAAAAGUUAUUAAAUUAUAAUACUGAACCCUAAGCAAGAUAUUUUUAUACUUGUAUAUUGUGAAUAAAUUUUAUUGCGGUUUCUUCUCACAUCCCAUGCAACCCUUCAGAGAAAGGUACUUAAUUUCCUCAGGUCUAACGGCAUAGGAAAAGGAAAUGAAAGUUCAGGGUGUUUUUUUGUUUUUUUUUAAAUACAACAUUGAAGCUGAAACUUAACGGAAAGGUAAAUUGUGGAGUAAUGAUUUGGGGGGGGAGGAAACUGAGGAAUUUCUUUUUGUUUUCUUUCUUCUGACCAUCUGGGUAUAGAUCUCCUCUUCUUUUAAAUAAACAUUUUUAAACCAGAAAGAUA